CAUCUUUGACAAGAAAAAAUAAACCUAAAUUGAUUAAGUUAGAUGUUUAAAUAUACAUUUAGCCUUUAUUAUUCAAUGGAUUUUGGCCAAUUUCAAGUAUUAUUUUGCAUUGUUUAAACUGCAAAAUAACAUUAAUUUGAUAAAAAAAGAAUCAAACCUAAAGAUGUACUAAUUCGAUUAUCAAAAAGAAUUUUAUAAUUAUGACAUAGCCUCAGAGACCCAUAUGUAUUUCAACCUUAUCUCAGACGAAAAUUUUAUAGUUUUCUCAGAUUCCAACCUUGUUUUCUCUUUUGGAUGCUGAUAUUUUCCAAUCUUGUAUGGGAGAUUGCUUGAAGGAGUAAGAGAGAUCACCAAUUGACUCGAUGUAUUGCUGUUAUUACAGCUGUAAACAGUUUCUUGGAUACUACCGCAGGAAUUUUGAUGUCCGCUAUGAGUACCAUGUUAUGGAAACCAUCUUUUUCACAAACCACCAUAGAUUCAAGGUUUCAGUUUGAGGAAGGAGAUGAAGGUGGAAAUGGAUGCAAAGGUACCCUUUGUUGUCAUUUCUUGAAAGACUCAGCAAUGACAUCACAUAGGAUUAGGGUCAGAGUUGGAGGGUGCACAGCUUAUACUUCAGUUGUGGAUCUGAAGCCUGCGGAACCAAUUGAUGCAUGGAAAUAUGGCAUUGAGCUCCAGUGGCUUCCUCCAAACUGAACUUUCAGCAGGUCAUUAUGACUUCAGUCAAGACACAAUAACCAUCAGCAGAAAGUAGGGCAGACUUGGUGGUAUCUUCAUUAAUUGCCUUUGAAGAAUGUGGGUAUAUGUUAUUGUUUUCUUUUUCCUUUUUCCUUUUUUUCCAACUCGUAAACUGGCAGCCCUGCAAAUGACUCUUAGUACUACCGAGUCAAAUCUCACUUAUUCCUGUUGUUUGUCCCUUGAACCAACCAUUUAUGUCCAUAUUUGCUGCCCUUUAAGUUGCUUUUAUGAGUGUUUGUUGCUGUUUAAUCAGAGAAUACAUUUUCUCUUCCUAUCUUA